GUCAAGUGCACAAAUUCUAAUAUUGAUUUAUUAUAAGUCAGUUUAACCAUGGCAAGUAAUUAAUUAAAUGCUAUUAAAUAUAUUUAUCUUUAUUAUUAUAAUAUUCAAAUUUAUAAUUACAUCCUUUCCUCACAUCAAAGAUUCGCUUCAUCCUCAUUCAGAAUAGAGCUGGAAAAACGAGAUUGGCAAAAUGGUACAUGAAUUUUGAUGAUGAUGAAAAACAGAAAUUGAUAGAAGAAGUUCAUGCGGUGGUUACUGUAAGAGAUGCUAAGCAUACUAACUUUGUUGAGUUUCGUAACUUCAAGAUUGUGUAUAGAAGAUAUGCUGGUUUGUACUUCUGCAUUUGUGUAGAUGUUAAUGAUAAUAAUCUGUGUUAUUUAGAAGCAAUACAUAAUUUUGUUGAAGUACUAAAUGAAUAUUUCCAUAAUGUCUGUGAAUUGGAUCUUGUCUUUAAUUUUUAUAAGGUGUACACCGUUGUAGACGAAAUGUUUCUGGCAGGUGAAAUAAGAGAAACUAGUCAAACAAAAGUACUGAAGCAACUUUUGAUGUUAAACUCAUUAGAAUAAAAUUAUUUUAUGUAAUUUAAUUGUGUUAAAUGUAUGUUAUAUAUGAUCUGAAGAUGUAAUAAGUAAAUUUCCUUAUGAGCAACAAA